AUGGCUGCUGUUGCUCCUUCCUCUGACAAAGCUGCAAGUUUACUGCAGAAUUUGUCCUUGGAUUCACAGCCCAAGACUAUUAGUGGAGAUGCUGAGCCUGUGAAGAAGAAUGGACCGAGUUUUGCUGGUAGUAAAGCUAAGGGGACGGGCAAGCCAUUCAAUCCGAAUCCAAGUUUUGCUCAAAAUGGAUACCCUUCUACUGCAUAUUAUUACGGAGGUUAUGAUGGACAAGGAGAUUGGAGUGGCUAUUCUAAUUAUGCGAACCUUGACGGAGGGAUGGCUCAAGGUGUUUAUGGGGAUAACUGCUCUUAUAUGUAUCAAGGUUAUGGAUAUACACCAUAUGGAGCGUAUGCUUCACCCAAUUCCUCCUCUCCAAUGGUUCAACAUGAUGGUCAGCUGUAUGGGCUGCAACAGUAUCAGUAUCCUUGUUCUUAUUACAACUCUCCAACUUCUGCUGAUGUGUUUGCUCCAAAUAAAACCAGUGUUGCACAACGGGAAAUGUCAACUGCAGUUAAUGCGGACCGUGUUUCUUCUAAUGUUAUGAAUAAUGGAAACUCUGUUGGCAUGGUCAAUGGUGAUUGUACAAACCAAAAUGGGUUAAAGUCAUUUAUUACCAGUUCCCAGCACACAUCUUUUAAUACAAGGGAUUCUUAUCAAGGGUCUAGUUUGCCAGCUUGUGCUCCAUUGUCAGGAUAUCAGGGUCAAAGAUUGGGUACUCAUGGUACACAGUCAUCAAUUCCUACAGAUCUGUCAUUGGUUUCUGAUAGACAGACCAAACACGGAGGAAAGGUUGGAUUAUCUCCACAAGUUAUGCCUGUCAAAGAUUUCUCAUCUCAAAGAAAUCGAAGACACACUCCGCCGCUUCCACAAUUCAUGAACUCGAAUGGUUCCCGGCAUCCAUCUGGAAUGGAACUAGUUCCCGGAUUCAUGAACAGCAUGUAUCCAAGCAACAGUAUGUUCAGCCAAUAUGGAAACACAUUCAGAGCUAAUUCUCGCUUUGGCUCUUCUGCAUAUGGAUCUAGAACAGGCUCUUAUGAUUACAAGUUUAGAGCCACAGGUAAUGGCUAUGUUGCUAAUGAUUCCAGAAGGAAUGUGGACGGUUUCAGUGAGCUAAAUAAGGGACCAAGAGCUGCUAAGAUUUCUGAUAAUAAAGGCGUGAAAAGUCUUGGAUCUGUCACAUUAUUACUUAAAGGACAGAACCUUUCAGUGAAGAGUGAUAACAAAGAAGUGCCUCUGGUGGUUCCUAAUAAAGAACAAUACAUUGGAGAAGAUUUGUCUGAGAAUUAUUCCGAUGCAAAAUUUUAUGUCAUCAAAUCCUAUAGUGAGGAUGAUGUUCAUAAGAGCAUAAAAUAUAAUGUUUGGGCAAGCACUCCCAACGGCAACAAAAAGCUGGAUGCAGCAUAUCAAGAAGCCAAGGAGAAGCCUGGUGGUUGUCCCAUAUUUUUGUUAUUUUCAGUCAACACUAGUGGUCAAUUUGUUGGUUUAGCUGAGAUGACUGGUCCAGUUGAUUUCGAUAAAACUGUCGAGUAUUGGCAGCAGGACAGGUGGACUGGUUGCUUUAAUGUGAAGUGGCAUGUCAUUAAGGAUAUCCCAAAUGGUUUGCUAAGGCACAUAACACUUGAAAACAACGAAGACAAACCUGUAACUAAUAGCAGGGAUACUCAAGAGGUUAAGUUUGAUAAGGGCAUUCAAAUUGUAAAAAUUUUCAAGGAACAUUCAAGCAAAACAAGCAUAUUGGAUGAUUUUGGGUUUUAUGAGUCCCGUGAAAAGACCACUCAGGAGAGAAAGUAUAAGGAACAUCAGUUAUCAAAACAGGUUAACAAUGCCAAUGAUAUAACAUUUGGCUCAGUUACAUUACCCAAAUCUCUUGAUACAACUUUGAUGAAUGAAUCAGCUACUGCAGAUGCUGCACAAGGAAAGGUGAAUUCAGAGGUACUGGUAGAAAUGAAUGGAUCCACACAUGCAUUUGAAGAUUCUUCAAAGAGCAGCAGUUAA